AUGCCGCCUAAACCGAAAUCACCGAACCAAAGACCGCCCAGACCACCACGGGUCAGACAGCCUCCACCGGACAGAGAUGUUAAAAAACUCAACUCUCAUAUCAAGAUCCGAUACACGGACACACUUGCUGAGCCUGGCGGAACACACAGUGUUGGAUGCAUCUGGCAAUUCGCUUCUAUUGGUUACACCUGCUGUCGUGACUUUCACUACUGCUUACUAAGUACAUUCCUGAGCAUAUGGAUAGCUGGUUUUUGGGGAUGCCAGUUCGGAUUUCUUGCAUUCGAACAUGUAUGGUACUUUUCACCAUUUAUGAAAUGCAUAAAAAUUACAUUUAAAGAAGUUUUCCAGAUAUGUUGUCACAUGACAUGCAGGUGCUGCAUCUAUCCGUGGACCCGCGCGUGUUCAUACUUUUUCGUUCAUUUUAAAUCUGAUGACGUUGAUUAUGACGCAAUAGACAAUCCGCCCGUUUUGCAGCGGGUGAAACAAGUUCGGAUUGUACAAGAGCAGCCAGUCGUUGCUGCUGAUCCUACAGAAUACAAUGAUCACGUGACAAAUAUGUUCCUUGGAGACAAAGAAAAAAUGAGAAGAUCCGUGAAUCGGCAACUGAUGCUAUAG